GGGAACAAAACAAGAAGGAAGAACACAAAAACCAUUAUAGUUGCAGGUCAAAACUGGAAUUUUUUCAGAGUCCUCCAUUUAAAAUGAUGCCUUCUGGAGUGUAUUUGAUGUAGGACGGUAAUAUAAACAGCACAGAAACUCGGGGCAGUUUCACAAAUCAGUGAGCCAUCAAACUAAAUUACUGCUGACAUGUGAAUGGACUGCUGUACCAUCCCCGUUGGAGGGCUUGCUAAUAGUGCCAUAAACACGUCGACUUAAUAGGAAAUUUCGUGUUGAUGGAUUAGAAACACAGCAUCACCAAAAAAAAUGUUGUGCGCAAUGAUAACAGACGUGCUGAGCUGGUCACGGAAGAUUUCAUUUUAAAGCGAUGGUCUCAUGGGAAGCCCGGGACGUUUUGGUAUCACACAAAAGAUAUUUCCUUUUAUGAACAAGUUCCUCAGUGAAUUCUCCAGUCAUUGUUGGAUCUGAAUAGAAUGGUUUAAAAUAGAGCUGGAAAGCAGAUGGAGACUCGUGAAAGAGCUGUUCCAAAGGGAAUCUCGCUGGGAGUAAAUAGGCCGAUUCUGAAAACCCUUCAACCAUCAAGACCUAAAUUCUAUAUGUUUUACUCUGGAAUCUGAACUGAACUCAGGCAGUAAAACUGUCUUUAAUCUCCAUUGUUUUUGUCAACUUAGAGCUGGAAGAGUGGCAUACUCCACACAGGAGUAAAGAGAUUAUUUAGACCUCAAAAUUCUUGUUCAGUUCUUAUUUCCUGCACCAGACACUCUGAGGUUAAUAGGAAGCACCUUCUUGCACCAACGACAACAAUCAAAACUGUUACAAAAACACAAGAGGAAAUCACCCACGAUUUUAAAACAUCAUGAAAAUGAACUGAUCCUUGCAGACUUUUGGGGACACUUCUUCACUUCUUUUGUUCUUUUUUUACCAACACAGUCCUGAAACAAGCCUGUCACAGCAGAAACCCGCUUCCUGUUUAAAUUGUGACACCACCGCGCUUGUCCAGUUGUGUUUUUAUCUGCUAACACCAUUCGCUUGUCCUCUCCCAUCUGUUCAUGAGCUGUGGGGCAAUUUUGUACGCCUAAGUGUUGAAACAUGAGGAAUGAGAUUUUGAAAUUUUUCAAUGACUUGUGGAGCACUUCCAUAUCCAAGCAUGACCAAGGGAUUUACAACACAGUGUGCCUAGUGGUCUUGCUGGCUCUGCCUCUGGUGGUGCUCUUUACCUCUGUAGUGGUGUGUUGUCACUGCUGUUGCAGCCGGCGGACUGGGUGCUGCUCCUGUUGUGCCUGCUGUGGUGGCAAUGAGCAGUCAGCCAAAGCAAAGACAGACAAAAAGAAGAAAAAGAAGAAAAAGCCCAAAAAUGAAGAUUUGUGGAUUUCUGUUAAACCAGGGCCAAUGACCCCAGACAGAAUGGCACUGACAACGGUCUAACAUGGGCAACAUAUGAGAACACAUUUGAACCUGCUGAUUUUUAGUGAUUUAUUUAUUUCCACUUCAUUGUUAUCGGCCUCUACAUCCUUAAACACUUAUACACUUACACUGUAUUCAGUAUUAGGUCAUGUGUUUUAAGAGGAAUCGAAACUACCAGCAUUGCAAUCAUGUAACCCCUUAGAGGAAUACCAAUUCCAGGAUAUUUUUUUAUACUUGGUGCCAAUAAGUACAUUUAGAUUGGUGCAAGGGUCAAGGGCUGAAAUUUUCCUAAAUUUGACCUAAAUCUGGACACAACCAUGCUUGAGACUCCUUUGAGCAUCUGUGGGUUUCCUGGAAGUCAAGUGCUCAGCAGUAAAGGCUAUGCCUGAGAAUGCAAAGGGCUCAUGAAUUUCUGUACUUCCUAGUAGAGAGCUCAAUGGGGUUUUCACGGCUAUCUGUGAACCACAAUUUUGAGCUAAAUAUGACAAUUCUUCAGUUUGUUGGCUGUUUCCCUGUUAUUCUCAGUUUGAAAUUACGCGCUCACUUCCCUUUUAAGAGAACUGCCUUUCCAGUAGUUUUAUUUUGUUUGGUUUUGUCUGUAUUAGGCAUCUGCUCAAUAAAGGAACUUGCCUGUCUUUAUUCUGGCUAAUAAUCAGAAAAUAUUUCAAGUCAAAACAAAACACUAAAAAGACAUUUAAAAGAAUUAAAUAUAUAUGAAACGUAUAUAUGAAAUAUAUACGAAAAGUAUGACUUCCAAAAAGAACUAUUGCAUCUAUUACAGAAUUUGUAUUUUUGUGAGCAACAAUUGUAUUGUAUUUGAGUGUGGAAAUUCUUAUUUUUAUAUGCAGUUUCUAAUACAACAUGCAAUGGCUACUAAUAAGGCAUAUUGUUGUCUAUAUAGAAGAUGGCAACCAGUUAAAUUAGACUUAUUCCACAGCCAGGCAGAUGGUGAAAGUACAGGCAUAUUUGUGUGACCAUCCACAAUAAGUCCCUUACUUUAGAUUCACAGUACCAUGGUGCUUAGAAAGAGAUCUAAAGGGAUUCUAUUCACUUUCGAGUUCCAGAUGUCCUUUAUUCAAAGCUUGGAAUGUAAUUUGACUUGGCAUUUAGUUUCCUUAUUGGGUACAUUUGCAUUGCUGACUUCGCUUUGUAGCUGCCUGCCUCAGUGUUUUCUGCUAUUGUAUCAGCUAAAAUUAUUUUCUGCAUUAUUUCCCACUUUAAACACUUUCCUUCAUAGAAAAAUGGUGAUAUUUCGCAGAGGCUGAAUACUGAUAGACGUCUUAGUUUUGAAGAUGAGUCACAUUGGUUUUUCUAGUUUGCUCAAGGUCCUUGAGAGUUUCAUGUAUUUCACUGAGAAAUUCUGACUGCUACUUUGCACUAGCAUGUUGUUACGGGGGAGGAAAAGCAUUUACUAGUAGUUAAGAAUUUAGGCAAACAUUUUUGAUAUUGAACCAUGUGCACCUUAUGUGGUUAAGCUAUUAGUUAAUGCUUAUGCCUCCUACAUAUGAUGAUGAUGAUUAGACUUCGGACACUUUUCCAGCAACAGAACACUGAAGUAAAAGGUGAAUUAUUUAGGGUGCUUGACAGCAGAUUUGUAAUAUUUAUUGCUUAAUAGGCCCCUAAAGAGAAGCACAUGUGAUCUAACUACUUCUUUAAAGGUUAUUUCUAUAAAAACAAGACUAUGCAAGCCGGUGUUGUCUCAUGGGUAGGAUUCUCUCUCUUUCAAAAACAAUUGGACAUGAUCCUGUUACAAAAUGAUAUGGAAUGACUGCUGUAGCUACUGCAUGAGCAUUAGUGCUAUACAGUAUAUUGAUUCACAGUUUUGGAAAUGUUUUCUUAUUUGUAAUUUUGUACAAUACACUUUAGAAAC